AUGGUCAACAUAACUAUGAACAGUACCAGCAUCACAGUCACAGAUCCUCAGGCUGAUUUAACUGCACUCGUUAAUCUUCUAAACAAAACCAUUUCGCAAUAUGGUUUAGGUCUUAUUUGGCUCAUUGGCAACCUCGGAUCAAUUUUCAAUUGCAUUGUGUUUUCUCAACCAGCUUAUGGCAAAAGUCCUUGUGCAAUGUAUUUUAUUGCUUCAAGUGUUGCACAGUUUUUUACUUUUAACUUUGCUCUUUUCACUCGAAUGCUUCAAUAUGGUUAUAGUGUCAAUGCUCUUAACAUUUAUCUUUAUUAUUGUAAGUUUCGCUUCUAUUUCUUUUAUAUUUUUGUUGCUGUCCCCCGUUAUUACAUCAUCAUGGCUUCGAUUGAUCGUUACUUUGCUAGUUCUCGUGAUGCUCUUCGUCGACAGUACAGUUCACCAAAGAUUGCUCUUCGUCUAAUUAUUGGCACUGUCAUCUUCUGGUGUAUCGUAUAUAUUCAGGUUCUGGUUUUUUAUGAGAUUAACAACGGUAGCUGUUCAUACCGACCAGGAUCUUAUGGAAUCUUUUUUAGUGCUUAUAUUUCGAUUGAUAGUGGAGCUCUUCCUCUAUUACUAAUGCUUAUCUUUGGAUUACUCACUGUCAGAAAUAUCCAUCUAACAAAGAAACGAGUUGAUGCAGCUCCAACAACUAAUGCAGGUCAAGCUAAAAAAGAUGGUAAAAUGUCGAAAAAAGAUGUUCAACUUCAUAGAAUGUUGGCAAACCAAAUAAUUCUUUUUAUUAUUCUUAAUCUACCAAAUCCAAUUUAUCUUAUUUAUAGUUCAAUUACUAUAAAUGUAGCGAAAUCAACAUUUCGUAAAGCAGCUGAAGCAUUUGCGAGCAAUAUGACAUAUGUUCUUAUUUAUCUUGGAUUUUCAUUAACAUUUACUAACUUUUUUAUAUCAUCGGAUAUGUAUCGACGCGAGUUUUUUCAAGUUAUUCGAACAAAAAUACUUCGUCAGCGUCCUGUAACCACAACAACUGGAGGAGGAACAACAGUAAGAGCUCUUCGUCCAAACGAUGGAGACGAUUAA